UAUUCCCGUUGCUUCUUCCCACUAGACCUCAUCACCGCUCCGCCAACGUAAAGAGUCUGACGGUUCAGCGAUGGUUGUGCAGCUCCGCUAGGUUGAAGUUAAACAGCGACGUUGAGCCGUGUGAAUCUGGCAGACUCCGCUACCUCCUGGUCUGCUUUGCUAAAUAGGACUUUUGUGCUUCCAGCACCGGGUCCUCCUUGGGGAGAAAAAGCGCCUACUGGGCUUCAGUGCGGGGAAAAAGGAAGAGCGGCGGAGAAAAGGACCGAGCUAUAUCGGGCGUGGUAGCAAGAAUAAACUCAUCUUUGUUAGCGAAACUUCAAUAAGUAGCGCCCAUCAUGUCGCUGUCGGUACCGCAGAACGGAGUAAAGCCGGACAACGAGCCCGUUAUCGAGCUGUUUGUGAAGGCGGGAAGUGAUGGAGAGAGCAUCGGGAACUGCCCCUUCUCCCAGAGGCUCUUCAUGAUCCUGUGGCUUAAAGGAGUCAUCUUCAACGUCACCACAGUGGACCUCAAGAGGAAGCCUGCAGAUCUGCAGAACCUGGCCCCGGGCACACACCCGCCCUUCAUCACCUUCAACGGCGAGGUCAAAACCGACGUCAACAAGAUCGAGGAGUUCCUUGAAGAUGUCCUUUGCCCACCCAAGUACAUCAAGCUGGGUGCAAGACACCCAGAGUCAAACACAGCUGGUAUGGACAUCUUCGCCAAGUUUUCAGCAUACAUUAAGAAUUCAAAACCAGAUGCUAACGAGGGUCUGGAGCGCGGACUUCUGAAGACACUGCAGAAGCUGGAUGAGUAUCUCCACUCCCCACUGCCUGAUGAGAUCGACCACAACAGCAUCGAGGACGUCAAGGUCUCCAACCGCAACUUUUUGGAUGGGGAUGAAAUGACUUUGGCUGACUGUAACCUCCUGCCCAAGUUGCACAUAGUCAAGGUUGUGGCCAAAAAGUACAGAGGCUUCGACAUUCCCAAAGAGAUGACUGCCAUCUGGAAGUACCUGAACAACGCUUACACGCGUGAAGAGUUCACCAACACCUGCCCCAGUGACAAAGAGAUUGAGAUAGCCUAUGGCGACGUAGCCAAGAGGCUGGUGAAAUAAGCUCCUCUGUCCCCGACCUCCUCCCUUCAUUGCCAUAUAAAAUGUUUAGACACUGACACACUGAGCAGACUUUCUUUUAUGAAGCAUGAAGGAAGUCUUCACUUUGGUCGUGCUAACUGUAGCAGUAGUUUGGAAUACACAUGGCAGACCAAAAAGGGGCACCAUAUUCUGGUCUCACUGGAUAGGAUGACUCCGGCUAUAUGUAAGCAAAUUAAGUGUGGUUUUUUUGUUUUUGUUUUUUUUUUUAAAGGGGGGGGAGAGGAAGAAAAAACCACACACACUUACUGUUUCCUUCUCCAUAGUAGACGGAAUGAAGGACGCUAAUGUGCAGUCAGGCACCAGGAAAGGCGACACUAAAGAUAUUUAUGAAAAAAUGUAUUGAAGAGAGUAGCAAUGAGGUGAAUACGUGGUUGGUCACUUUUCUCUUCCGUAUGUAGAUUGAUCUGAGGUAGUGAAUGUAUGUUAUGAUACAGUAGCUCCAAAAGUGCUUUAGCACGGGUAAAGCAAAAUCUGUUUUCUCCCGUUUGCCAUGUUUUUCAGACACUUGUUAUGAAGCGAAUUUGAUAAAAAAAAAAAAAACAAGAAUUGUAAAUAUUUGUUUUGAAUUUUCAGAAUUCAAUGUGUAAAUUUUAUACAUUUCAUCAUAAUUUUGAGGAAGACACACCUGCUUGGAUUUUAAUUCUAGAUCAACCAUCUCCUUUUUGCCUUACUUGUUUUUCUCUGCAGAUGUUUUGAAGGAAGGUUUUUCAGAGAUGAUUUCAUUACAACAUAAGUGUGGCGUUGUACAAAGAAAAUAUCCAAGCUAUGUCAUGGCUUUUUUUUUUAACAAUAUUGACUGAAUUGAAAUAAACUUCUUUUUGGCUUUC